CUCCUCCACACCCGUUUCCCUCGCGGCCCCGACUCGGCCACCGGCCCGGCUGUACGACUCCGGCUCGCGGGCGGCUAUAAAUCGCCCGCCCUUCCCCUCCCGAGCUCCACUCCGUUUCCCCCUCGUUUUUAAUCCGAUUCGGCAACCAAACCCACCUGUUACUUCUAACCAGAAGCUAAAUAAAUCCAUAAAUCCGCCGGAAGAGAGACAGAGAAGAGAGAACCCACCGAACAAUCGCGGCGGCGGCGAGAGGCAGGCGACCGGCGGAGCAAUGCCUUACUGCGAGGUGGAUCGGUACCAGGCCGGCGACAAGUGGGAGGGCGUCCGCCUCUUCUACCGCCGCUACGGCCGCGGCGCCACCAAGGUGCUCCUCGUCAUCGGUUUGGCGGGGACGCACGACUCGUGGGGCCCGCAGAUACGGGGGCUGACCGGGUCCAUGGAGCCGGCCGACGGCGGCGACGAGCUCACCGCCGCGCGGACGGACGAGGAGGCCGGCGCCCCCGCCGCCGCGCCGGCGACGGCGACGGUGGAGGAGGAGGACGUCGGCGAGGGCAUCGAGGUCUGCUGCUUCGACAACCGCGGCGUCGGCCGCAGCUCCAUCCCCCCGCACAAAUCCUACUACUCGACAUCGAUCAUGGCGAGGGACGCGCUGGCCUUGAUGGACCAUCUGGGGUGGAAGAAAGCCCACGUCUUCGGCCACUCCAUGGGCGCGAUGAUUUCCUGCAAGCUUGCAGCGAUGGCGCCUCACCGGAUGUCCUCGCUGGCGUUGCUCAACGUCACCGGCGGUGGGAUGGAGUGUUUCCCCAAGGUAGAUGCACAGAUGCUAUCUCUCGCAUUCCGGUUCUUAAGGGCGAGAACUCCGGAGCAAAGAGCUCUUGUGGACUUGGAAACCCACUAUACCAAGGAAUACCUUGAUGAGGAAGUUGGAUCCUGCACAAGGAGAGCAAUCCUGUACAAGGAAUAUGUGAAGGGCAUAUCAUCUUCAGGGAUGCAAUCUAAUUGCGGGUUUGAAGGUCAAAUUAACGCAUGCUGGACUCACAAAGUGACAACUAAAGAACUGGAUACAAUACGUGCUGCUGGUUUUCUAGUUUCAGUUAUUCAUGGAAGGCAUGAUAUUAUUGCGCAAGUAUGCCAUGCGAGACGGCUUGCACAAAGGCUUCUUCCUGCUGCUAGAAUGGUGGAUCUUCAUGGUGCACAUCUAGUCAGCCAUGAAAGACCAGAAGAGGUCAACAACGCCCUAAUGGAUCUGAUAAAGGCCACAAAGUAUGCGAUGGCACCUCAAGAGUGGUCGUCCCAGCCGGAGAACACAUCAGAAACCGGGGCCCUUAUUUCUGCGAGGCCUGUAACCCUCACGAUACGAACAGGCGAAGCUGGCAACGCUGCCGUAGCAGCGUAUAACCUACUUGCAAAGUUGCAACUAAGCUUUCUUUAUGUCAUAGGCCUGAUAGUGAUGGCGUUUGAGCAUGUGAGGAACAUUGUAAGAGUAACGAAGCCCGUGAGGGUCGUGGCGAUCCAGUCAUCAUAAGAAACAAAAGACAUGUAAAUUAUACCCCCGAAGCCGGCGAGGAGAUCAUAUUUCAUGUCUCCUCCGUAUACCAUCUGUGGAGAUGAGACGAAUUUAGAGUAGCAUCUCCGCAAGAAUUGAACCUAUUUUUCCUCCUCCCUUGAGAAAGGCCCUCUGCUCUCGGCAGAAACAACGUUUCAAGACUGAAGAACAGAGGAGCUAUACCUGCAUUGCGCGCACCUGGGCAGAAGCGUCGCAGGGCGUGGUGAUUGAGAUGUGCUGCCAUACAUUGUACUAUUACUGUAGCUCGGAGAGAGCAAAUGGAUGUACCUUGUGUGAUGAGUGUAAUUAAGCUGUGACCAAUAUGUACACGGCCGCAUGUUGCGUUGCGUUGUUGAUGUCGGCGUUGUUGUGUACUCCAUUGUUGUGCUGUGAUCAUCCCUUUGAAUAAAUCGACUCGAUCUUCACUUC